GGCCUCCAGAUCAGCUUGAAAAGCCGCAGCGAAAUGAGCGCCGAAAGCCGCCAUCUUGACUUGGCUCUUGAAAUGGACCAUGGGAUGCAGGCUCGGUUACACAGCACAAACAUGGCGGACGCAAAGAAGGUCUGCAGCAGCAUCGGAUUCACUUGUUUUGCCGCCUUCUUGUUUCGAAUUUGCCUGAUUGCGUAUGGAGAAUGGCAAGAUAAAAACAUGGUGGUUAAGUACACAGACAUCGAUUACCACGUCUUCACGGACGCAGCUCGUCAUGUCGUGGAAGGCAACUCGCCAUACUUGAGACCGACCUAUCGCUAUACACCACUGUUAUCUAUUCUCCUAACACCGAACAUCACACUGCACAUGUGUUUUGGAAAAGUACUGUUUGUAAUCUUCGAUGUGAUUGCCGGAUAUUUAUUGUAUAAGAUCGCUGGUGUGCAAGGACGUUCUGAUCGAAUUGCUGUUCUGACUUCAUGGUUAUGGCUGUUUAACCCGCUUCCCUUGACAGUCUCUACUCGUGGAAAUGCAGAAUCCAUCAUGGCAGUGUUGGUCCUCGCAAGUAUUUAUUUCGCUCUCGUCAAACACGUCUCGGUGUCUGCUAUUUUCUUCGCCUUGUCUGUACAUUUUAAAAUCUUUCCCAUUAUUUAUGGCUUACCACUUGUUCUGCUGGUGGGUGAUUAUGCUUAUAACUCCAAGAAGCCAGAUGUAGGCGUAACUGAAUAUUAUCAUACGGAAACUGGCUACAUUCAUCGAGCUUUUAAGUUCAUCUUACAUUCACAAAGGGUUAAGUUUGCCGUAAUUGCAGCAGUGACUUUUUUAGGGUUGACUGGACUGCUAUAUGCAAGAUAUGGUUUUGAAUUCCUUGAGCACACUUACCUAUAUCACGUGACAAGGCGAGAUGUGAAGCAUAAUUUUUCAGUGUAUUUCUACAUGAUGUACUUGGUGGAAGGCUCUAGAUGGGCGUCAGUCCUUGGUCUGGCUUCUUUCGUUCCUCAACUUAUUCUGACAGUCACAUUUGGUACGGUGUACUAUCGUGACCUUCCCUUUUGCUGCUUUGUACAAACAUUUGCCUUUGUCACCUUUAACAAAGUCUGCACAUCACAGUAUUUCUUGUGGUAUUUGUGUCUUCUACCUCUAAUUGGGGAUUCUGUAAACAUAUCACUGAAGAAAGUCAUUGUUCUGACUGCAUCCUGGUUUACUAGCCAGGCUUUGUGGCUCACCACUGCAUAUUAUCUGGAGUUUGAAGGAAUGAACACAUUUGUAUUUGUUUGGGCUGCUGGUGUUGUUUUCUUCAUUGUCAACAUAGUGAUUUUAAAUCAGCUUGUUCGGCAUUACCAGAGGAAACCGUUGAUGAACAAAGCAGAAUAAAAUAAAGGAUUACAAGUUUACUUUCUCUUAUAUUGUUUGUGGUAAUGUCUGCUCCGGAAGUAUUUUGUCCCGGAAGUAGUUUGCUCCGGAAGCAGUUUGCUAAGGAAAUUGUUUACUCUCGAAGUAGUUUGCUGUUACAACAGCUUAUCUUUGCACUUGAACUCCGCAUUUUUUUUGUACCAUCCGUAACUGAAAACUUUUCCCUCCGAAAGCCGCGGCCUAACGCCAGUAAAACACCAGUUUGUCUCAAACAUAUAGAAUGGACCAAUCAGAGAACUCAAUCUUUGGCAGUUUCCAAGAGUCGUUAUAGCCUUAAUCUACGUCUUCACCGGGAGAUUCUCAAAAGAGAGAAAAUCUGGAGUCGGUAAUGCACAGCGCGGUGAAAAUCAAUCACUUUAAAUUGUAAAUUUCCAAUUUCAGUUCAAAUUCACACAAAUGUUCUGACGCUUAUUUAUCUUUUCAUUCUUCUUCGCUCUCUUUAAAAAUUUUGUUAUUUGUGUUAGCGCGCGCGUUCGUGUGAAUUCUAUUUUUGAAGGUUUUUGAACGACGCGCGCGCAACAUACUUAGCGAACGUAAGCUCGAGCGUCCGCCUCUAAGGAAAAAGCUCUGAUGAAGGGGUUAUCCCUAAAACGUUUGACUAUCUUAACAGUGAUUAAACACGAACAUAUUUCUCGUCAUAUAUAUCUCACUCACCAUUUUCCAUCAUUUAAUCUACUUAAGCCCUUUGCGAGUUGAUUGAUUUUGUGACCGUUAGCUGCGCCUGCGCUACUUCCGCACCUCCGCGCAUGACGUCUACAUUUCGUCCAUUAUUGCGUGACGCCACACGCUAGGCUGUUUCCCAUGGAAACCGCGAAAACAAAAACAGACCAAAGAAAACCUAGAAAGAAAAACGAGACGUUAAAGCAAACAUGGACAAGAAUUCAGUAGACUUCUUGCACUCUCUGAGUGGUGAGAGUUACGCCUUCAUACAUUUCACCUUUUUUUUUCCUUUGUUUGAACGUUGAAUAUUUGAUGGCUGUUUUUCGCUUUUUUUUUCUUGAUCAGGAAUUCCAAGUGAAGAUGUUUUUGAAAAGCUUUUGAGCGAUCCAAUGUUUGUGGACUACUUUAACGCGUUUCUCUCCC